GUGAAUGCCAACUGCUGCAACUUUCCUCUAGUUAAAAUUCAACUAGGACACCUCAGGAAAGACCAAGACCAAGUAUUCAGAGAAUUCAUUUCAUCAAAUCAUCCUUCAGUAAAUCAAGCUUCAAAAUCAAACCAAGUGAGAUAAAGGGACUAAAGAGGUGAGCAGCCCACUUUCAGUAGGCUUCUUCCCACGCUGUCUGAAUGCCUCAGCAAAGAGGAGGAGCUCUCUCCAGGAGAGCUGCCGGCGUCUGGAUUUUGGUCAUGGCUCUCACAGCUGCCCUGGCUGAUUUCGACAAUAAAGGAAACUCUGAACCCUGUGGACCUCAAGGUCCCCCAGGCCCUCCAGGCAUCCCAGGCUUUCCAGGCCCUCGAGGACCACCUGGUCCAAUGGGACCUCCAGGUUUACCAGGACUGCAUGGAUUACAAGGUCCUCCUGGAGACGUUGAGAAGUGUCCAUCGCCACCAAAAUCUGCCUUUGCUGUGAAGCUGAGUGAGCGUCCCCCAGAGCCCUUCCAGCCCAUUGUAUUCAAAGAGUCUCUGUAUAAUCAGGAAGGCCACUAUAACAUGACCACGGGACAGUUCAGCUGCACCAACCCUGGUGUGUACAAUUUUGGCUUUGACAUCGGACUGUUUCAGAGUUCUGUGAAGAUAAGUCUCAUGAAGAAUGGUAUCCAGAUCAGAGAGAAACAAGCCCAAGCCAAUGACGGCUACAGAUAUGCAACAGGGACUGUCAUUGUGGCCCUGGAGAAGGGGGACAAAGUCUGGCUGGAAUCCAAGCUGAGUGGAACAGAAUCUGAAAAAGGAAUCACUCAGAUGAUGUUCUUUGGGUAUUUGCUUUAUAGAAAUUAAGUUGGCUUGAGCUUCUCCAUCCCUCUUGUCAGUCCUAUUUCACACACUGCUCAUCAUGGAAUGAGGGAAAGUCUAUAAAAACUCAAAAGUUCUCAGUUGAAAAAAUAAAAUUUAACACGCAUCCAAGAAA